ACUCUCGCAGAUAAGUUUGUGAUUUUGUUAAGAACACAUUAAUUUCCAAAUUAGACAUUAAGAUUUCAGGAGUGUUGUGAUAUAUUUUAUAUUAUUAAAUGGAUAUAAAUACACAAAGUGUUGUCGUUCAUGAUGAAUUAAAGCCACCACCAUAUAGCAACGUAGUCAAAGCACUAGCAGUUGAGCAAGUUACCAAGCCAAAUAAGCCAGCAUCAACAGCAACAACAAUAAUUGUACAGCAAAUGCACCCACCAUGUUAUGGACCAAAAUCUCAAAAUAUGACAUGUCCGUCAUGCAAAUCGCAGAUAACCACAAAGGUCAAAGAUAAAGUUUCAUUUCGUACGCAUGCAGCAGCUUACUUGUUGUGCUUAAUAGGAUGCUGGUCAUGCUGUUUAAUUCCAUAUUGUGUUAGCUCAUGUCAAAAUCAAAUGCACCUCUGUCCAAAUUGCAAUUCAUAUUUGGUUCAGAAGCAUGUACAGAAAAUAUACAUUUUAAAUCAAGAUAAACACAAUAAAAAGGCAAAAUUCAAUGAAUAUGACCCUUCGAUCAUAUUUCCAACUACUUCCUUCCUUCCGCCACCUGCAUAUAAUCCAGACAUGACACAACAGGUAGAGCAACAAAAAAUUUAUUCAGUAUCACAUCAAACUGGAGUGCAGACAGUGAUGAUUCAACAAUCACAAAUAAUUUAUGGACCCGACACCUUUCGAAUGAAUUGUCCAUCGUGCAAAGCUGACAUUUCAACUGAAAUUAAAAAUAUACCAAAUGCAAAAACUCACAUCACUGCUGUUCUUCUUUUAAGUUUUUGUUGUUGCUUAAUCCCCUACUUUUGCAAUACAUGUCAGUCACAGCAUCAUGCACUUACAGUGAUUAUUUUUAGUGCAAGAGUGAAAAAUUCAAGUCCUAAUGUCAGUGAGAUCUUACAGAAAAUUCAAAAUGCUUCAAAUGUAAAAGAUUUAAUGACAAAUUUACAAAAGAACAUAAAACGUGCAGCUACUAUGGGAAUAUUUAUGGGAACAGCAAAAACGGCGAGAAAAAUGGAAACAAAUAUUUUAAUAUUAAUACACGAGUUCAUUAAGACCAUCCAAGGAUCAAAUAUGCGUCAAGCGAUUGAAAAGUUUCAAAAAAUUGAAGAUACAAUUGAGCGAGAUAAAAAAGCAAUGGAAAUUCUCACGAGAGCUAUGAAUGUUGCAAUGGAUACAAAGAUAAUUAAAGACUACCGACAAGCCCUAAAUAAAGUUUCCAAAGAUAUUUCAAAGUCGGACAUGUCGCAGCCACAAAAGAUUAUUCCAAGAGAUAAGAAGGAGUUAAUGAAGCAAGCCCAAAACGAUGUUAACAAUCAUCUACUAUUUUUACGUAAAACUAUGAAUGCGACAGUCCACGAAACAAUUACUCAUAUGCAGCAGCCAAAGAAAAAGUCGGAAAUCAGUUCCACACCGUCAAGUAUUACAUCGUCAUUGGAUUCUCAUGCGAAAGAUAUUUUUGAACAUGAGACAUAUAAUUUGCCACUUUUGUACAUUCGCAUGCCCAUUUGGCCAGUUCACCAAAGAAACUUAGAAAGUUUUUAUCGCUUUCGUAGGCAGAACGGUAAUGAUGCAACUGGCAAUACCAUUGGUGGUGACAUUCCAAAUGAUAAUGAAAAGGUCGAAGGUGAAAAUGAUGAAGAAGAAGAAUUUGGUGAUGGACUUGAUCCUCCGAUCGGUGGAGGUGGGCUCGCUGGUUUAAUUGCUGGUUUAAGUGGGUCAGACGUCGGCGCUUUAGUCGGAGCACUAUCUGGAGUUGUCACUAGCUUGUUUGGUCCAGGUGGAUUAGAUGUGCCAUCAUUGAUUAGCACAGGCACUUCGCUACUAGCUGGAUUACUGGGUGGAGAUGAUAACUUUGGAAAAGUUCUAGCUACAUAUCUCGGAAUUGCAGUAGAAGGGUUCUCUGAAGGUGGCGGUGCUGACAACAACGGAGCAUUUUUCGGUAACUUUGUCGGAACAUUAUUUGCUCAGUUAAGUGCGGACCCAGAAGAAGAUGAUGCCCCACCAAAGCCGAAAAUUUUCUUUGAGAAUUUUUUGAAAGGAUUCGAUCAGUCUAAACAGAAACGUGGAACUAAUGAGCCAUCAAGCCAUAAAAAUUAUAUUUUUGAGUUUCUAUCUAAUAUAAUUUCAUCAGUUGUUGGUGGCAUCACAAAUUUGAUAUUGAAUUCCUCACUUGGGUCAUCUGGUGGCAGUUCUCAAGGAGCUGCAGAUCUCUCAGCUGGAAGUUCACAGGGAUCACAUACAGGAUCAGCUUAUGCAUCACAACAAUCAUCAUCAAGUAGUAUGCCAUCUCCAAUGCAUGAAAAACCAAAAUCAAUUGUUGGUAGAAAUUAG